AUGACGACGAUUCCCAACAUUCUCGUUUUGACAGUCUCCGUUCUGCUUCUGCUUUUCCACUUGUCAGUGGAAGCAAACGAGAAGGCAGGGGAAGGCGACCUGGCUCUGGAAGAUCUGCCGCUGGAUGAAGAUGCGCUUGAAGAUGAGGUGAUGCUGGGCUACUUGGCCCCACACCGCCUCUACCGUCGGGGAUUCUUGCACAGUGGGCGUCUGGGAAAACGCGGUUUCCUUCACUCGGAACGACUCGGAAAAAGGGGUUUGCUGCACUCUGGUCGACUCGGCAAAUAA